CAAUUUCAUUUUUCUUACGGAUGUUGUGUCAGUCUCUGAUGUCUCCUCGAGGAAGACCUUCACGGAAAAAAUAAGAGAACUCGAAACGUAUGCAUAUUCAAUAUGCAUUCCUGACAUGUUUGGAAUAAGAAGACAAAAGUUUGAGAAUCUUAUCAGCGCCAUAGGGGUAUGUUCAUUUAAAGGAGACAAGGACGACCAUCCAGCAGACGGAAUAGAGAAACUUAUCAGCGGAUUAACACAAUGCAACGACCUUUCCAACACAGUGAGCAAAAAAUUAAUGGAAAUUGCAGCAGAUGUAGAUGACCUUGAACAAAACAAGCGCCUCACGAAAGUAAUUUGUGCUGGCACGGGACUCAUUGGAGCUGCUCUGUCAAUAUCCGGUCUCUUGCUUGGCCCUGUUGGAAUGCCCCUUGCACUGGUGGGUGCUGCUGUCGGUGUUGGAGGGUGUAGGUGAAGUAGCAGUGUCACUUGUCGUCGGAGCAAAGACAAAACAGAAAAUCCAAGAAGCCCAAACAUUUUUAUUGGAAUUCGAGGAUGUUUGCAAAACCUUCGAGAUGACAUGCACGUCCAACAUAUGGUUGUCCUGGCAUCAGUGUGGACUGUAGCACAUCGCACAAUGCUGCUGCGUGCGUUUUCGAUGUUAUGGACGACAUCGUUGUAAAACGGACUUAAGGCAUCGAAGUUUGUAGGAGUGGUCCUGUCUGCCCUUCUGGUACCUUUAGAAGCGUACAAGUUGAUUUCAAAUGUUGCGGAGUUAAUUGAAAGAAAACCUCUGCUGUUGCUGCGAAACUCCGUUCGAAGGCUAAUGAAAUGAAAGAUCUUUCGAAAGAUCUUGAUAAGAAAAUACCAGAUCUUGUGACCAUCCUACAUGACUCUUGAGAGUAACUUUGAAUCCUCCAGGUACCACUGCACACAACAUGCAAGACCGGAGUCCGACGAUAAGGUCCGCGUGUUGAAAGCUAGAGACGUACUCAGAGCCAGUGGUUACGGAAUCGCUAAUGACUUAACCAAACAUCUGAAGAAUAACAAUAUCUUUCAGAUUAUCCAGAAUGAAGAUAACUCUAUAGAUGACUCACCCCUAUACUCGAUGACAUAGACAGACAGGUGCUAGACUGCAAUAUUACAGACAGUGAAAUUCUGAAUGUCAUUAAUAGUCUUAAAUGUGGUAAAUCACCUGGUCUCGAUCUGGUUCUUGUGGAAAUGUUCAAAUGUUGAAGUUCUGAAAUUCUGCCAUUUCUUAGUAAAUGUUUUAACAAAAUAUUCAAUGAUGGCUACUUUCCAGAAGUCUGGUCAAGUUCAAUUAUUGUCCCAGUUCAUAAAAAGGAGAUGUAAACAACCCAGUGAGUGAGUGAGUUUAGUUUUACGCCGCACUCAGCAAUAUUCCAGCUAUAUGGCGGCGGUCUG